AUGGUGUCUCAUGGUUUGGAAUUCGUAGCGUUUCUUUCCUAUCCGUUUGUGCGGCUGGCAUUUGGUCGGCUUACAUUUACCAAGGCUUCUUCCAAGAGACCAUUGAUAAAGAUUUGGUCCAAUAGUGGUGAUGGUGCUCCUUGGUGGAGUUAUUGGAGUGCCGGUAAAUUAAUCCUUUGUAGUGUUUUCAGGAAGCUUCCUGGGUUCAGCCGGCCUAAAGUGGCAGCAUAUCCCUUCCAUCCAAUUUCCCCUUUAAUUCUCAACAAAUCGUCUGGAGGAACAAAGGGACCUUUGGCAGCAGCAGCCACUGUAAUUUCCCCUUCAUUUAAGUCGAACUUCAUCCUCGCAUUCAGAUCUGAUGCUCCUGUUACAAAGGAAGAAGAAACUUCAGCACUAGAGGAAGCACAGUCAUCGGAAGCAUCAUCCAUGGGAAAGAGGGAAGGAAAGCGUAAACCCGGAGCUGAAACUUAA